AUGAGCCGUCAUAGUAAACAACGAUCGUCCAGACCAUCCCGUUCACAAUCACAAUGCCAACCUAGAUCACGAUCAAGAGGUCAACGUUAUAAUUAUGAUCCAAGAGAUUAUUAUAAAUCAUAUAGAAAAGGAUGUAAUCCAUUAUUCUGCUGUAAAUGUGCAUUUGGUGGUCCAACUUUACAAAGUUUAUUUCUGUUGUUUGUACCUUUUUCAAUCUCAAUAUUAUGUUUCUUAGUAGGAUUUUAUACAUUACCGAUGUGGAAAUAUAACGAUUCCACACAAGGUUCAAUUGGUAUUUCAGCUCAAGGAUAUACUGUAGAUAAUCAAGAUUCUGGAAUCCGAAAAUUCCUCUAUGAGACACCCUGGCCAGCACCAAUCGAUGGAAUCCCCUUACUCCUCUUAUUCCACUUCAUCCUUUCUAUACUACUUUUGACUUAUCUGGUCUUCAUCAUUUCCGUAUGUAUCUACGCGAUAGCUCAUCGAAGAUCCAAAGAAAGAAAAAGAGACGAAUGGGCAAAAGUCGUUCGUAAACCUAAAGGAUGGGAAAGAGCGAUUACGAUUCUUUUGACGCUUGCCACUGGAGUGAUCUUAGUACUAGAUAAUACCGUUUGGGGAAUCGCAAGAAGUAAGGGAUACAAUCUGAAUCCUGAUAUCUUGGGUUAUUUUGUUAAUAUCGUCGGCUUGCUACUCUGGGUACUUUGGGUGAUACUCCAAGGGGCAGCAACUCAUGACAGGGAAGAGUAUUACGUCCAAGGAGGAGGUAGAGUAUACGCUAGAUAA